AUGGACGAGCCCGAGCGGCGCGGGUCAGGGGCGGGCCCGGAGGGGGGGGGAGGGGCCGGGGGGGUCCCCGGGGGGGUCUCGGGGUUCGCGGCCGCCAUCGCGGGGGCCAAGCUCAGGAAAGUGCCCAAGGACGAGCCCCCGAGCGGGGGCGUGGCCGGGGCUGGGGGCGGGGCCGCCCCCUCGGCCCCUCCCCCAAAAUCGGGGGCGGGGCUGAUGGAGGAGAUGAGCGCCAUGCUGGCCCGCAGGAGAAAAGCCGCGGAAUCGCCCAAAAGGGACGAUGACGUCACCGCCGAAGAGGCGGAGCCCGGCGAGAGGAGGGCGGGGCCGGCGGCGGAGCUCGUCCCGAGGCCGUGGCAAAAGUCCAGCUCCACCUUGCCCAGGAUGAAAUCGGCCACUCCAGCCACCCCCGAGCCCCACAAUGAGCUGGACCUGGAGCGGUUCAAACUGGAGCUGCUGGAGGAGUUUCGGAAGGAGCUGCACAAAAUGAAGGAGGAGCUCAUCCAAGCGCUGCUGACGGAGCUGAGGAAGCCGAACCGGCCCUGACCCCGCCCCCCCCCUGCCAGGCCAUGCCCACAAUUUUGGGGAGGGUGGGGGAGGGGUCGGACACACCCCCC